AUGUAUACCAAGUCUCUCUUCACGUCAGCUCUGCUGGCUACCUCGGUCGCUGCGACCAACCACGAGGUUUGGGCUGCUGCUGCUGCUCCAGCUCCAGCUGUUCACACCAUGGCGGCUCCCGUUGCUGUCGCUCCUCCCGAGCACAAGAUGCCUGCUGCGCCUGUGGCUCCUGCUGUUGAACACAAGACCAUGGCACCUCCUGCUCCCCCAGCCGCUGUACAUACGCCGCCUGCUCAGCAAGCCCACCCCGUCGCUGCUCCGCCUCCUGCUGCUACCAAGGAGGUCAAGGGCGCUAUGCCCGAGCACAAGGCGUUGAACGUUCACCUUGUUGCGGUCGGCGACAACAACGGCUCGCUGAAGUACUUCCCCGACACUGUUCACGCCAUGCCUGGCGAUGUUGUUCAGUUCCAGUUCCACCCCAAGAACCACACUGUGACCGAGUCUAGCUUCGAUGCGCCCUGCGUGGCCAAGGAUGCCUCGCUCGCCACGCCUCAGCGUCCCGGCCUGCGCUCUGGUUUCGUGCCUGUCACUGGACAGGAGGACACCACUCCCGUCUACAACGUCCUGAUCAACGACACCAUGCCCAUCUGGAUCUUCUGCGGCCAGCAGCCUCACUGCCGCAAUGGUAUGAGCAUGGUCAUCAACCCUCCUGCCAACAACCCCGAGCGCACCAUUCAGAAGUACCAGGAAGCCGCAGCUGCUCUGCCCGCGCCUCCCGCGGCAGGUGGUGCUGCUCCUCCUGCCAGCCCUCCUCCUGCGGCUAGUGGUGCUGCUUCCCCGCCUGCUGCCCCUGCCUCUCCUCCUGCUUCUGCCGGCGGUGCGUCUCCCCCAGCAGCUGGUAGCUCUCUUGGCGGUGGUGCCAUCGCUACUCCUGCAGCUGCUGGCGCUUCCACAACGGAUGCUGCUCCUGCCACCUUCACCGGUGGUGCCAGCAAGGUCGGCUCGUCGUUCAGUCUCGGCGCGCUGCUCGUGGGUGUGGUUGCUAUGCUAUAA